UUCAAUUAAUAGUCAUCGGGGGUACCAUACAGAGUAUAGUGGGAUGUUAGUAUUUUGACAUUGGAUAGCGCAUAACACAUACAGCCUGCAGCAUCCCCAAGGCGGGGGUUUAAGGUGGAUGAAUCAAGGUACAGUCAGCAAGCAGUGAGGGUACAUUGUUCAUACAGGAAUUACAGGUAAUCAUAGGUAUAAAUAAGUGGGCUGAGUAAUGAGGAUAGGAUGACCCUCAUAUGGUGGAGUUCAGUUCGGUUCGAUGGGUUCAGGGUUCAGGGGAUAAGGUCCAACAGAGGAAGUCUUCAGGUCUCUUCCUCAUUGUGGGUGUGCGAAGUCACGCCUGCUCACUGUCGGUAUCGGCGGUGGCCAGUGAUGUCCUCUGUAUAAAUGUCCUGUGUCCGAGACUAUUAGACGUUGCAUGAGCCACGCGUAGUGAUGGCCUUCCCCGCAGGUCCUUAGUACAUGCUCGUUACAGGGGUCCCAGGCGCCCAGGGCCCCGACGAUCAGAGCAUCAGUGUAUACCUCAUGGAAGGCCGGGGUCCUAUUCUCGAACGGGAUUGUCACGUCGACGAGGAUGAUGUUUUUCCGAUACUCGUCCGUGACGAUGAUGUCUGGGCGCAGCGGGCUGUCGGUGCCGGGGACAGUGCGGUUGACGGCGAUCUCUCCCAGACGUGGGUUGAUGGCCUUCGCUAGGCGGUCCUGGACGGCGUUGUGGCGGAGCUGCCUACUACAGCCUGUGACUCAUACACCAGAGCAACAGGCUUCAGACUGUGACACGCAGCCAACCAAGAUGGACGUAAGCUUACUUGAGGAGCAGUAUGACUGUAUAAAACAGAAGCAAAAGCUGCAAACACAUAUUAUUGUGUUUAAAACAGGUGAGAAUCAGUCUGUUCCUGGGGAAUCAAUGGUCAAUGCUGUUUUAAUUAAUAAAAAAACAAGGAAACCAAAAGAAUUUAAAGAACACAUUCCUGUCAGAAAGGUCACCCUGGAGUUAACUUCCAAUGGCAAUGUACAAGACAGUUCACCAUGGCGUACACACUUGGGUAUCCACCGUCUACUACAAGCUGAUUGUCAGAAGGCUCCAUGUGAUCUUGCCCACUGCAAGAACGAACAGAUUAGCUUCGACAAUGAGAGAUUGACUAUGAAGGAAAAUGUCAUGCUGCCAUAUGAAAAAACACUAACUGCAAGUGAACAAUCCACAGUAUCACUCGAUGAACUGGGAAAUUCAAGUAUGUUAAACAGUCCUACUGAAGAGAAUAGCAAUUCCAUUUCAGGCAUCUGCCAGAAGUAUCCUUUGAAGUCAGUCUCUUCAGCAAUUUGGACACACCAACAGAUUUCAUCCACAAAAUGUAUACCCAUAUCCAGGAAGCUAAGCUACUAUCCAUUCCCUCAGAAAAAAACACCCAGGAUCUCAGAAGCUGCAAAAAGACUUGGAUUAUAUGUCUCACCAUAAAGAAAUUUCAGUAAUGUCUAAAGUUUAGUUAAAAUUUAAAAUAAAAUUUCAGUAAACUAAUUUUUCAAAGUAAUUUUGAUUUACUAGCUAAAGGGUUAGUAUUUUAUAUUGUAAGAAUUUGCACAGGCCAAUCAAUGUGUUUUAGAAGUUCAUAGAGGGAGAAGUCUGUUAAAUGAGUUACAAUGUCAUAAAGGGUAUUUAUUGGUCAAUAAAGAAUGUUUAUACCUAGAGCGUCA